GUGAUCCAUCCACAAAUGUAAUUAGUCAACACAGGCUUGCUUGAGGUCUCGGAAGGAGGUUAUGUCAUUUCUCGCAUGUUUUGCUGGAUAUUGAUGCAUUUUAUCUCGUUGGACAUUUAUUAUUACUUUGCAACAUAAACUACGGCGUUGCCGAUUUCUUAAGGCUCCGAUGAGCGGCCACCACCAGACAAACAGUCUGUACGAUGACCUGUGUGAGGGCCUGGAGAACGCCCGCGGCCGGGUGUCGCGCGGCUGCACCAUGGCCGUGGAUCUCUGCUGUCCCUGCCUCAGGCGUAACCACCGAGUAGCGCCGUCCCCGGUGAAGUCUCCGAACCAGGAGUUUGUGGAGGUGUCGCCGCGCGGCCGGCUGCGCGUGCUGCACGUGCUGCCCUACCAGGUGCCCGGCCAGGACGAGCCGGACGCGCUGAGGGCGCAGCAGGACAAUGACGUGCCCACCAGCGACUUCUGGUUCAACCACUGGCAGGGUCCUCACAUCUCUGCCAGUGGUGCACCGCGGCGGAAGACCUCCACCAACACGUUCGGUCCGGCGGACGCGGCCGGCCGCGCGCGCAAGACGUCCAUGAGCGCGCCGGUCUCGCUGGCCGAGACGUCCGUGCGCCAGCUGCUGGACGACCUGGUGGACGAGGCGGUGGACUACUCGAGCGGCCCGGCGCCGCCGCCCGGGCCGCCGCACCCGCUCACCGAGCGGCCCGACGACGAGCAGCGAGAGGAGGACGCCGCCGACGGGCGCGCCAACCCGGCCUACGAGCCGAGCGCCGACGACCCGGCCGACGCGGCGGCGGCGGUGCGGCUGCCGGACGCCACCACGGACGAGACGGAGACGGACGACGAGCGCGACACGCCGCCGCCGUCCCACACCCAGCCCGUGCCGCCGCCGCCGUCACAGACUCACCAGCCGCAGCCGCACACACACCAGCCAAAAACAACCGCCGCCGACCAAAAGACUCCGCUGCUUUUCUUCCUGCACGGCGUGGGUGGGUCGGCCGACGUCUGGACCUCGCAGAUCAAAUACUUCUCCAAACUGGGUUACGAGUGCGUGGCGCCGGACCUGCUGGGCCACGGGUUCUCCUCGGCGCCCAGCUCGCCGCGUCACUACAGCUUCCAGUGGCUGCUGGAGCACGUCCGGUCCGUGUUCAAAAAGUACGCCACCAGCCGGCGGCGCGUCGUCGUCAUCGGACACUCGUACGGCUCGUCGUUCGCCUCGGUGCUGGCUCGCGAGUACCUGAACGUGGUGCUGCUGGUGCUGAUCUCGUGCGGCGGCCCGACGCCGCUGGCCGCGCCCUCGGACGUCUUCUCGCUGCCCGUCUGGGUGCUGUCCUGCCUCAAACCGCUCCUCAUCUGCGGGUUCAAAACCCGUGAGAUGUUCUACACGCCGCGGGGAAAGCUGAUCGAGGUGGAGAAGGGAUUCGACGUGCCUUCGUACGUCCUCAGUCACACCAUGCGCGGUCAGGUCUGGCCGGAGGGAGACCUCGGCUACCACAAGCAGAUCACGCUGCCCACUCUGCUGAUACACGGCAUGAAGGACAAGUUCGUCUCGCUGGUCGAAAUGUGCGACAUGGAAAAGGCGAUCCCGCGGGCGUUCCUGGAGUCGAUACCGAACGCCGGACACAUGGUGAUGCUGGAGGCGCCCGACGAGACGAGUCGGCUCAUACGCCAGUUCCUCGACCGGUGGCUCCACCAGACGCAGCAGCCCGUAACUGCCAGUUGAACACGCCGCCGACAGGUGGCAGCACCGUCCGCGGGCAGCGCUCCACGGCGGAACACUCGUCUUCCACACGGUAACCUCCCGCGGUUACCGCCCUACCGUUCUACACCGACUGUGAUCUAUGCAAGUUCGCCAUUCCAUUUGAUAAUGCGGCGCACGCACCAGCCCGAGGAGGCUGCCGUUGCCGAACUUCUGUGAUUUUAUCGAACAACGACGCGCGACGCGGACGCUCGUCGCUCUCUUUUACAUUGUUGAUCUGAUGGAAGAUCUGUUUCCGGUAGCACAAACGUACAUUGUGCUACGAUCGAGAGAUUUGCCCAAGUGCUCUUACCUGGGUGGCUGGGCCCCUAUUGUAUCUCGUUAGUACUUGGCAAUGCGGCUAUUUUUACUACGGUGAUAAAAUAUCGCCGAUAAAUAGGCCACCUUUGUGCUUUAACAAGAGAUAAUGACAGAUUUAGCCUGUUUCCAUGCACAGUUGUUGCACCGUUGAAGCCAAUAACUUAUGCCAAGUAUUUUAUCGGUGCGCGUUUCGUGCGCACUAUUCUGUCCACCCGUGCCGACAUUUUAGCGACUAACAGCUCGGUACAAUGUUGACCGGUGUCUUAGUUUAUCGUGGUAAUAUUUGGUGCCUUAUCUCGCUGUCUGUGGCGCUGGUUACCUUUAUGCCGUCCUGCUGCGGGUGUCUCCCAUGGGCUGGGUUAUGCCCCUUCCCCUCCGCCCUGGGGUUUAUUCCCUGAGGCCUGAGUGGUGCCCUUUUCCGAGGUCUUGGUUGUGUCCCCGCAGAUUGAGGCCCCUGGUAUGUGUUUUAGACCACCUGCCAGUGUUGUGAGAUAGGGGGAGGGGGUCGUUGAUUGCCGAGUUCUUGCGCGAAGACAGUAUGCGUUUUGUUGGAGAUGGUCAGUGAUUAGGAAUCGGAGGACGUUAGGCAGGGAUCGACUGUUUUACAUAUAGCACGUGGCACAAUGUCCGCAGCAUCCGCCACAGCACCGGUGGUUUGCUGCUCUCUGGUGCCGUUCAUAUCGAACGAACUGCUGAGAUUGUAGUGUAGAGGUGGUAUUCGGGUACGUCCGCUGUUUUAUAUGGCUCAAUCUAUGAGCGGUCCCGUUGCGAAACUUACAAAUCGUUUAUUCCUCUGUGUGAUUUCCACGGAGCAUGUCUUGAAGGCUCUGUUAUGCAUCCCCACUGGCAUAACACACAGUAUUGCGGUGGGCGUGCCCCAAUCUGUUUUAUCCGAACGCACACGUUACUUAUCGCACCUGUUGCCCCAAUAAUGGUAAGAUCUGAUGACGAGGCAUGAUACUGUGCUCAAAGACUUCAAUAUACCGUCUAUUUCAUA